AGUGUGUCCUCCGUCAGUGCCUCUCUGUCUGAAAAAAACGGCUUUUGUUCUUUGCUGUGAACAGACACGAUGGGAGACCUUUUGAUGGAAGCGUUUGGGAAGGCUGCACCCUUCCUACGAAAGUCGGACAAGGAACGCCUCGAAGCUCAAACUAGGCAGUUUGACAUCAAGGUUGAGUGCUUUGUUGUUGAUGAAAAAGUGGAAUACGUCAAGGGGCAGGUUGUUAGCAAAGACGGAGGAAAGGUCACAGUUAACACUGCGGAGGGCAAAACUGUGACCGUCAAGGACUCCGACGUCCACCCUCAGAACCCGCCGAAGUUCGACAAGAUUGAGGACAUGGCGAUGUUCACCUUCCUCCAUGAGCCUGCUGUGCUGUUCAACCUCAAAGAGCGUUAUGCAGCAUGGAUGAUCUACACCUACUCUGGGCUGUUUUGUGUCACUGUGAACCCCUACAAGUGGCUGCCUGUGUACGAUAAAGAGGUAGUCUCUGCCUACAGAGGGAAGAAGAGAACAGAGGCGCCUCCGCAUAUCUUCUCUAUCUCUGAUAACGCCUAUCAAUACAUGCUCACUGACAGGGAGAACCAGUCCGUCCUCAUCACUGGAGAAUCUGGUGCCGGGAAGACUGUGAACACCAAGAGAGUCAUCCAGUACUUUGCCAGCAUUGCGGCUGCAGGAGGUGCUCAGAGCAAAAAGGAUGCGAGUAAGGGAACCUUGGAGGAUCAAAUCAUCCAGGCCAACCCUGCACUGGAGGCGUUUGGGAAUGCCAAAACAUUAAGGAAUGACAACUCCUCUCGCUUUGGCAAAUUCAUCCGUAUUCACUUUGGAACGAGUGGAAAACUAGCCUCUGCCGACGUUGAGACUUACCUCUUGGAAAAAUCCAGGGUUACCUUUCAGCUUAAGGCUGAGAGGGACUAUCACAUCUUCUAUCAGAUCAUGUCCAAUAAAAAGCCAGAGCUGCUGGAUAUGUUGCUGAUCACCAACAACCCUUACGAUUACUCCUAUGUCUCUCAAGGAGAGAUCGCUGUCACUUCCAUCGAUGAUUCAGAGGAACUGGUUGCCACUGACAGUGCCUUUGAUGUGCUCGGCUUCACGGCAGAGGAGAAGAUGGGAAUCUACAAGAUGACUGGGGCCAUCAUGCACUAUGGCAACAUGAAGUUCAAGCAGAAACAGAGAGAAGAGCAGGCCGAGCCAGAUGGCACAGAGUCUGCUGACAAGGCGGCCUUCCUGAUGGGCUUAAACUCUGCAGAUCUCCUCAAAGGAAUCUGCCACCCUAGGGUCAAGGUAGGCAAUGAGUACGUCACCAAAGGUCAGACUGUAGACCAAGUCUAUUACUCAAUUGGUGCACUGGCUAAGUCAGUUUACGAGAAGAUGUUUAACUGGAUGGUGGUUCGAAUCAACCAUUCCCUAGACACCAAACAGCCUCGCCAGCAUUUCAUAGGAGUGCUGGACAUUGCAGGUUUUGAGAUCUUUGACUUCAACACCUUUGAGCAGCUGUGCAUCAAUUUCACUAACGAGAGACUGCAACAGUUUUUCAACCACCACAUGUUUGUGCUGGAGCAAGAGGAGUACAAGAAGGAGGGAAUUGACUGGGAGUUCAUCGACUUUGGCAUGGACUUACAGGCCUGCAUUGACCUCAUUGAAAAGCCCCUUGGGAUUAUGUCUAUUUUAGAGGAAGAGUGCAUGUUUCCUAAGGCGAGCGACCAGACAUUCAAGUCAAAGCUGUAUGACAACCACCUGGGCAAGUCAAAUAUGUUCCAAAAACCACGUCCGGUAAAGGGAAAAGCUGAGGCUCAUUUUGCUUUGGUCCAUUAUGCCGGCAUAGUUGACUACAACAUUGGCGGCUGGCUGGUGAAGAACAAAGACCCUCUGAAUGAGACUGUGGUGGGCCUGUACUCGAAGUCAUCUCUCAAGCUGCUGAGUAAUCUGUUCUCCUCCUUGGCAGGAAAUGAGGGUGGAGACAAGGCGGGGGCCAAGGGCGCCAAGAAGAAAGGCGGAUCUUUCCAAACAGUGUCCGCCUUGCACAGAGAAAACCUCAACAAGCUGAUGAACAACUUGAAGACCACUCACCCCCACUUUGUCCGUUGCUUGAUCCCUAAUGAGACCAAGACACCAGGAGCGAUGGACAACUGCCUUGUCAUGCACCAGCUUCGCUGUAAUGGCGUGUUGGAGGGCAUCAGGAUCUGCAGGAAGGGCUUCCCAAAUAGAGUCCUCUAUGGUGACUUCAAACAGAGGUACAGAAUACUGAAUGCCUCAGCCAUCCCUGAGGGUCAGUUCAUGGACAGCAAGAAGAGCGCAGAAAAACUGCUUGGUUCACUGGACAUUGACCACACCCAGUACAAAUUUGGGCACACAAAAGUCUUCUUUAAAGCUGGCUUGCUUGGGGUGCUGGAGGAGAUGAGGGAUGAACAACUCUCCCGCAUUAUCACAAGGCUCCAGGCCAAUGCAAGAGGUAUACUAAUGAGGGUAGAAUACCAGAAGCUUGUGGAACGUAGAGACGCCUUAAUGGUGAUCCAGUGGAAUCUUCGAUCUUUCCUGGGUGUGAAGAACUGGCCCUGGAUGAAGAUGUUCUUCAAGAUAAAGCCACUCCUCAAGAGCGCUGAAUCUGAGAAAGAGAUGGCCAACAUAAAGGAUGAGUUCCACAAGAUCAAAGAGGCCCUGGAAAAAUCAGAGAUCAGGAGAAAGGAACUGGAGGAGAAGAUGGUGGCAACCCUCCAAGAGAAGAAUGACUUACUCCUUCAGCUGCAGUCCGAGUCGGACACAGUGACUGAUGCAGAAGAGCGCUGUGAACAGUUGAUCAAAAGCAAGAUACAAAUGGAGUCCAAGGUGAAGGACAUGACAGAGAGGCUGGAGGAUGAAGAGGAGAUGAACGCAGAUCUCACCGCAAAGAAACGGAAGCUGGAGGAUGAAUGCUCAGAGCUCAAGAAAGACAUCGAUGACCUUGAGCUGACUUUGGCAAAGGUGGAGAAAGAGAAACAUGCUACUGAAAACAAGGUGAAGAAUCUCACUGAGGAAAUGGCCUCUCAGGAUGAAAGUAUCAUGAAGCUGACGAAAGAGAAGAAGGCACUUCAGGAGGCACAUCAGCAAACGCUAGAUGACCUUCAGGGUGAGGAGGACAAGGUCAAUACACUGACCAAAGCAAAGGUAAAGCUUGAACAACAGGUGGAUGACAUUGAAGGUUCUCUGGAACAAGAAAAAAAGGUGAGAAUGGACCUGGAACGUGGCAAAAGAAAGCUUGAAGGGGAUCUCAAACUCACCCAAGAGAAUGUGAUGGACUUGGAGAAUGAUAAACAGCAGUUAGAGGAAAAACUAAAGAAGAAAGACUUUGAGAUCAGUGCACUAAGCAGCAAAGUUGAAGAUGGGCAGUUGGUGAGUGUGCAGCUCCAGAAGAAACUGAAGGAGAACCAGGCUCGCAUUGAAGAGCUCGAGGAGGAGUUAGAUGCUGAACGUGCAGCCCGGGCUAAAGUGGAGAAGCAGAGAUCCGAUCUGUCCCGAGAACUGGAGGACAUCAGCGAGCGUCUAGAGGAGGCAGGCGGGGCCACAGGCGCUCAGGUUGAGCUCAACAAGAAGAGAGAGGCUGAGUUCAUGAAGCUCCGAAGAGACCUUGAAGAGGCAACACUUCAACAUGAGGCCACCUCUGCCUCCCUUCGGAAGAAGCACGCUGAUAGCGUGGCUGAACUGGGUGAGCAGCUUGACAACCUGCAGAGAGUAAAGCAGAAGCUGGAGAAAGAGAAGAGUGAGCUGAAGCUAGAACUGGAUGACAUGUCCUCAAACAUGGAGAGUGUGGUGAAGGCCAAAGUCAACCUGGAGAAAAUGUGCCGUUCCCUGGAGGACCAGAUGAAUGAGCACAAGUCAAGGGCUGAGGAGUCUCAAAGGGCCCUGAACGACUUCUCUGUGCAGAGGGCGAAGCUGCUCACUGAAAAUGGAGAAUUUGGACGGCAGCUGGAGGAAAAGGAAAGCUUGAUAUCUCAGCUCACCAGAGGGAAGAUGUCAUUCACCCAGCAAGUGGAAGACCUGAGGAGACAGCUGGAAGAGGAGGUGAAGGCGAAGAACGCUCUGGCGCACGCUGUGCAGUCGGCUCGGCAUGACUGUGACCUAUUGAGGGAGCAGUAUGAGGAGGAGCAGGAGGCGAAAGCAGAACUGCAGCGAGCCCUCUCCAAAGCCAACACUGACGUCGCCACAUGGAGGGCAAAGUAUGAAACUGAUGGGAUCCAGAGGACGGAGGAGCUAGAGGAGGCCAAGAAGAAGCUGGUCCAGAGGCUGCAGGAGGCUGAGGAAGCAGUCGAGGCUGUGAAUGCAAAGUGUUCCUCCCUUGAGAAGACCAAACAUCGCCUUCAGAAUGAGAUCGAAGACUUGAUGUUGGACCUGGAGAGAGCCAACGCAGCCUCCGCUACUCUGGACAAAAAGCAGAGAUCCUUUGAUAAAGUCAUCGCGGAAUGGAAGCAAAAGUAUGAGGAGUCACAGUGUGAGCUUGAGGCCUCGCAGAAGGAGGCGCGUUCCCUCAGCACUGAGCUCUUCAAGCUGAAGAAUGCUUACGAGGAAGCUCUGGAUCAUCUGGAGACAACCAAACGAGAAAACAAGAACCUGCAGGAGGAGAUCUCAGACCUGACUGACCAGCUGGGAGAUGGAGGGAAGAGUGUCCAUGAGCUGGAGAAGCUUAGGAAGCAGCUUGAGCAAGAGAGAGCUGACCUGCAGUCUGCCCUGGAAGAGGCAGAGGGUUCUCUGGAGCAUGAAGAGGGCAAGACCCUUCGAGCUCAGCUGGAGUUCAACCAGGUGAAAGCUGACAUGGAGCGCAAGCUGGCAGAGAAGGAUGAGGAGAUGGAGCAAGCCAAAAGGAACUACCAACGAAUGGUGGACUCUCUUCAGACCUCUCUUGACUCUGAGACAAGGAGCCGAAACGAGGCCCUUAGGAUCAAGAAGAAAAUGGAUGGUGACCUCAAUGAGAUGGAGAUCCAGCUUAGCCAGGCUAACCGGCAGGCUGCCGACGCUCAGAAGCAGCUGAAGACCAUCCAGGCAUUUCUCAAGGACACCCAGCUGCAGCUGGAUGACUCCAUCCACGGCAACGAUGACCUGAAGGAGAACAUCGCUCUGCUGGAGCGUAGAAACAACCUGAUCCUAGCCGAGCUGGAGGAGCUGAGGGCGGUCCUCGAGCAGACAGACAGGGGACGCAAGCUGGCUGAGCAAGAGCUGACAGACGCGACAGAGAGGAUGCAGCUCCUGCACUCUCAGAACACCGGCCUCCUCAACCAGAAGAAGAAGCAAGAAGCGGACCUGCUUCAGCUCCAGACCGAAUUGGAGGAGGUAAUUCAGGAGAGCCGCAAUGCUGAAGAGAAGGCAAAGAAAGCCAUCACGGACGCGGCCAUGAUGGCGGAGGAGCUGAAGAAGGAGCAGGACACCAGCGCCCACUUGGAGCGCAUGAAGAAGAACAUGGAGCAGACUAUCAAGGACCUGCAGCACCGCCUGGACGAGGCCGAGCAGAUAGCCAUGAAGGGAGGCAAGAAGCAGCUCCAGAAGAUGGAGUCUCGCAUCCGGGAGCUGGAGGGUGAGGUGGAGGCAGAGCAGAAGAGAGGAGUGGAGUCCAUCAAGAGCGUCAGGAAGUAUGAGCGACGCAUCAAGGAGCUCACCUACCAGACAGAGGAGGACAAGAAGAACAUGGCCCGGAUCCAGGACCUGGUUGACAAGCUCCAGCUAAAGGUGAAGUCCUACAAGCGCUCCGCAGAAGAGGCGGAAGAGCAGGCUAACGGCAACCUGGCCAAGCUACGCAAGCUGCAGCAUGAGCUGGAGGAAGCAGAGGAGCGAGCAGACAUCGCAGAAUCCCAGGUUAACAAGCUCCGGGCCAAGACCAGAGACGGGGUGUCCAGCAAGAAAUCGCCAGAUGAGUAAUGACAUCAUCAGAUGACCCAGAAAUCACAAUUCCAUGAUCCUACCCAAGUGUUUCGAAUGACUAAAAUCUAAGAAGAGAUUUUGUUACCUUAAAUACAUUUGUAGUUGUGUUGCAAUGCAGUAACACUGUACACUGAAAGCCAUUUCUUUAUUGUUCAAAAUUAAAAUAUUUUGGCACAUUCCAUAACUAAACAAGAAGGUUUCUUCUCUGAUGCCUGUCCCCUGAAUCCCUAAAUUCCCUAAGUAUUAACUUUUACUUUUAAAUGGUUACGCAAAACUGGCGUUUCCUGGUGACGCAUAUCAAAGCACCACUGCUCUGUUUAGGCCUUACAAAAACAAUGUGAGGAUAUAUGAUUAUUUUGCUUUGUCUGUUCCUAUUGGCAGUCCUGUUUGUGAUACUGGUAGGACAAAAAUUACAAUAAGUGGUCACUGAUACUAUACUUCCAAACUCAGCUCUACUGUAAUGUGGAUCCCUUUUAUCCUUUCUGAAAUAAGGCAAAUACAUUUGCAAUGUUCUGAUGGAAA